AUUUUGCAAACAAAAAACACUUCCUUUCUAACAAUUGUCACAUUAAAUUACACAAAUUUUUCGUUGUACGUUUCACACAAAGCUAAGCGAAUACGAUGGCCAUCUUAACUACUGAAGAAACAGAUUGCAUCAUAAAGGAGCUCACAUCCCUGGAUGGAAAUGACUGCACACUAAAUGAGGAACUAAUAGAGAGACUCAUUAAACAGACUCGUGAAGUGAUCAAAUGGCAACCGAUGCUGCUGGAACUGCAGGCUCCGGUGAAAAUAUGCGGCGACAUUCAUGGCCAGUUUACGGAUCUCCUGAGGAUUUUCCAGGCAUGCGGCAUUCCACCCAAAGCUAACUAUUUGUUUCUCGGUGACUAUGUGGACCGGGGCAAGCAAUCGCUGGAAACGAUCUGUCUGCUAUUCGCCUACAAGGUUAGAUACCCGCUAAAUUUCUUCUUGCUUCGCGGCAAUCACGAGUGCGCCAGCAUAAAUAAAACGUACGGAUUUUACGACGAGAUCAAACGUAAGCACACUGUGCGUCUGUGGCACAGUUUCACGGAUUGCUUUAACUGGCUUCCGGUGGCCGCGUUGGUGGGUGAGCGCAUCUUCUGCUGCCACGGAGGACUGAGUCCAUCGCUCCGAAAUUUGCAACAGAUCAACCAUAUUCAGCGACCCACCGAUAUUCCGGAUGAGGGCAUCCUGUGCGAUCUCCUUUGGGCGGAUAUAAAUCACACCACCGAAGGCUGGGGAUACAACGAUCGUGGUGUGAGCUUCACCUUCGAUGAGGUCAUAGUGCGGGAUUUUCUGAAAGCCUUCGACUUGCAUCUUAUGGUUCGCGCCCAUGAGGUUGUGGAGGACGGAUACGAGUUCUUUGCCCACCGCCAGCUGGUCACCUUAUUCUCGGCGCCCAACUAUUGCGGAAUCAUGAACAAUGCCGGCGGAGUGAUGAGUGUUAGCUCGGACUUGGUCUGCUCCUUCGUCAUUAUUCAACCGUGUCACAAAUACAAAAUGACUGCAAAGGAUGACGACCAAAUGCCGAGUGACGAAGAGGAGUGAAUUUGUUUUCCAUACAUGUAUAUGCAAUUAAAUACGUACAAUACA